GUUUCCGUUUCACACAUAUAAUUAAGGUUAUUUUAUACUGUUCAAAGCCAAGGACCUUUUCUCUUUCUCUUGUUUAUUUUUGCUUCUUCUCCUUCCUUUCAUUUCCUUGGUAUUGUUGUUGUUGCAGUCAAGACCAGACGUCUCAGCUCAGCUGCUAUAUGAAACUGGAGCUCCCAAAUAGCCCACACCCAGAAGACUUACCUCUGCACCCUGCUCCAAACCUCUCUGCACACCCAAAUGAACGAUAAUGGCACUUCCAAGAAACGGCGUCGUAAGGGCAACAAUAAUAACAACAGCAACGACCAGGACGAUGGUGACAAGAAGAAGAAAGACUUGAAGGGCAUCAUCGCUUCCCUGUCGUUGCUGGAGGAGCAAGAGAAGGAAGACGAACAAGAGCACGACAGGGCCUCAAAUGACGACGCGUCGUUUAUUGAAGAGAAGCACAAGACGAGAACCAAAGCCAUGUUAGAUUACUACUCUGAUUUCCAGGACUGCUAUUCGGAGGUCGAAGAAUCCGAAACGAUGAAGCGAAAGCGGUCGAGAAGCGCGGCUUGCGCUGCGGCUGCGGCUGUGGCGGUGGCCGCCGACGGCUCCGAUAAGGCGAAACCGGGUACUGGGUCGGCGGCGGGUCAUCACAGGAGGCUGUGGGUCAAGGACCGGUCCAAGGCCUGGUGGGACGAGUGCAACCAACCCGAUUUUCCGGAAUCGGAAUUCAAGAAGGCGUUUCGGAUGGGGAGGGCCACGUUCGAUUUGAUAUGCCAGGAGCUCAAAUCCGCCAUUGAAAAAGAAGACACAACUCUGAGAAACGCAAUUCCGGUGAGGCAGAGAGUUGCUGUUUGCUUGUGGAGACUAGCAACAGGUGACCCUCUUCGCCUUGUAUCUAAAAAAUUUGGUCUUGGCAUCUCAACUUGCCAUAAACUUGUUCUUGAGGUCUGCUCCGCAAUUAGAACUGUGCUCAUGCCCAAGUAUCUGCAAUGGCCUGAGGACAGUGUGGUGAGGAAGAUCAAAGAUGAGUUUGAGGCCAUUUCAGGCAUACCCAAUGUUGUGGGGUCCAUGUACACAACCCAUAUUCCAAUUAUAGCUCCAAAGAUCAGUGUAGCUGCUUAUUUCAACAAGAGGCACACAGAGAGGAACCAGAAGACCUCUUACUCAAUCACAGUGCAAGGUGUUGUGGACCCAAGAGGGGUUUUCACGGAUGUGUGCAUUGGUUGGCCUGGAUCAAUGCCUGAUGAUCAGGUUUUGGAGAAGUCUGCUUUGCAUCAGAGGGCCAACAAUGGCUUGCUGAAAGGCGUUUGGAUUGUUGGGAGCUCUGGGUACCCUUUGAUGGACUGGGUUUUGGUGCCCUACACCCAGCAGCAUCUGACUUGGACACAGCAUGCCUUCAAUGAGAAGAUUGGGGAGAUUCAGAAUGCUGCUAAAGAUGCAUUUGCAAGGCUGAAAGGGAGGUGGUAUUGCUUGCAAAAGCGAACCGAGGUGAAGCUGCAGGACUUGCCCGUAGUGCUCGGAGCAUGCUGUGUUUUGCACAACAUCUGCGAGCUUAAAAAUGAGGAAAUUGAACCAGAGCUGAGGUUUGAGCUUGUGGAUGAUGAGAUGGUUCCAGAGGUUGCUUUGAGAUCACAGAGCUCAAUGAAGGCUAGGGAUGCCAUUGCUCAUAAUCUCUUGCACCAUGGCCUUGCAGGCACUAGCUUUCUUUAGUUAAUAGAUACAUAGAUACUAUAGAGUUUGCUCUCUGUGCCCUGCUGUGCUCUCUCAGAUCAGAUUGAACAACUAACUUGUUAUAGUUUUAUUUUUCCUGUUUUGUUGUACAAGUCAUUGUCAUCAUUUCCUCCUCAUUUUGUGAUUUGUUCUUGUUGGAAGAAGGGGGGCUCUCUGUAAAAGGCAUACCUUGCCCCUUCCCACAAAUGGAUUAUUGUAAUUUGUACUAAGUUUUAUACAUUAAUAUCACAGAAACACUUUGGUGUAA